GAGAGGAUGUGUGUUGUGUGAGUGUGCCAUGCUGCAUCAUUGCUGAAACUUCCACGCAGCUGUCAUCACUGUCAUAUUGCGCACAUUUAACACGCGGGAAAACCUGUGAGAGCAUGAAGCCCACCAGAAUGGAUUCUCCGUCCGAUACGGUCUCGCACCGGAGCGUGCUUUAAACACGCAUGCUGUUUCUUUUUGCUGCAAGGUGACGCAGCGCCGCGGAUCAGGUGGAGUGACGACAACUGCGGCACCGGAGAGCGCGAGCUCGACCCGGGCGGAUAGCGAAUAACGACGCGCGUGCUGGACGCUACUAUGUGUGACCAUUCACAAUGACAACGAAGCGAAAGUCAAGCAAACUACAGCUGCGGCGGUCCAUCAGCGAACAGCUGCGCGACUCCACAUCCAAAGCCUGGGAUUUACUCUGGAGAAAUAUACGGGACAAACGGCUGGCAGAAAUAGAAGCAAAGGAGGCAUGUGAUUGGCUGAAAGCGGCAGGAUUCCCACAGUAUGCCCAACUGUACGAGGAUUCCCAGUUUCCCAUUGAAAUAUCCGCAGUCAAGAGGGACCAUGACUUUCUCGACAAAGAUCUUGUGGAGCCUCUUUGCCGUCGACUCGACACUCUGAACAAGUGUGCCUCCAUGAAACUGGACGUGAGCCUCCCCAGAAAGAAAAGUGAGGACUCUGAUGAGGAGGACCUGUUGGCCAUCAGCACUAGAUGGACGUUUGAGCGGAACAGUCGCCGCUGGUCACGUCUGCAAGACAUCGAUUACCUCCUGGGUAGAGCGGAGGAGCGAAGCCCCUCAGAGGUCGGCGAGGGUUUGCGGACCACCGUGAGCAGUGAGAGCAUUCUGACGGACCUGAGCGAGCCGGAGAUCUGCUCCCUCCACAGCGAAGACUCCUUGUCCGCCAUGCCCGAUUCUGCCUCGCUUGCCCCACUGCACUUACCUAGAGACCUGCCUCAUUACGGUUCACUUCCUGCCAAGAGCAGGCGACGCGGACGCACGCGCGCCAAAGACUUCCUGCGGAGGAUGGAGACAAUCGGUCGGACGUGGGGCCCGGCAAUGGGCCGGUCAGAGCGACGCUCUUUGGUUAUCAGUGCUCCAGUUUUACAAAGCGAGCCCCAGGCGUUGAAAACUUUACAUUGUGUUCAGAUCUUCAACGGCGAGCUUCCAAUCGCUGAAAAUACACCACUGACUAACAACUGCGCGAAUUCACUCGCCAGCAGCGAGGCGAGCAGUCAAUCGGAGACCAGCGGCAGUGCCGGAAGCACACCGAACACGAAAGGACGAGGUUUGAAGUUUCACACUCCUGGUAAACGUGCAGGCGUCUACUUGGAGGAUAUCGAUGUUCUCGCAGGCGCCCCCCAGAGGAGGAGACCGGUAGAACAGAGCCGUAAACAUGACUUCCACUCCUAUGAGGAGCUAUUGGUGCACAUCCCAAAAGAUCACAAGCCGGGUACCUUCCCCAAAGCUCUCUCCAUUGAGAGUCUGGCACCGUCGAGCAAGGAGCACCUUAUAAGUUGGAAGGUCAUGAAUUCAGAACAGCAGCCGCUGAAGAACAGGAAACUAGGUGGAAGGGAUCACCGGCCCGUGACUCGCUGCUGUCCGCGGGGAAGUCGGAUCAGCGUGUACGACAACGUGCCCGGCUCGCACCUAUACGCAAGCACGGGGGAUUUACUGGAUCUGGAGAAGGAGGAUAUAUUCCCGCACUUAGAUGACAUUCUGCUGCAUGUGAAUGGCCUGCAGCAGAUUGUAGACCAUUGGUCUAAAAGCGUCUUGCCGGAAAGUGAAGGGGCGGGGGGAGAAGAAAGCAGGCCGGACCAGAGGAUUACAGAUGGCCAGUCCUCCAGUCAAAUCACACUGGAUUAUGAAGGGAACUCGGUAAUCGGCCUGACCACGUCAAGCGACGGGAACAGAGACGGGGUUUCGCUAAAUGACACAGACACUUCCAGCAUCAGAGAGAGGAGAGACUCAGGGGUGGGAGCAUCUCUCACACGACCACGGUUUAGAUGGCCCAGCUUCAGGAUGUCAAACCUUCUCUGCCAAUCAGGAAUCUCAUUACAGAUAUCCAGCCAAUCAGUGGGCCAGUUUAGCUUGCUGCAGAAGUUCUCUUUACUGCGUCUCACUGCUAUCAUGGAGAAAUACUCCAUGUCCAACAAGCACGGCUGGACUUGGUCAGUUCCUAAGUUUAUGAAGAGGAUGAAGGGCCCAGAUUAUAAGGAUAAGGCGGUUUUUGGAGUUCCUCUGAUUGUUCACGUGCAGCGCUAUGGACAUCCUCUGCCCAUCAGUCUACAGCUCGCGCUGCGCUAUUUAAGGAGUCAGUGUUUAGACCAGGUCGGCCUUUUCCGCAAAUCUGGCGUGAAGUCUCGCAUUCAUGCUCUGCGGCAGAUGUGCGAAAGCUCUCCGGAAAACGUCAGCUACGAGGACCAGUCUGCGUAUGACGUGGCCGACAUGGUUAAACAGUUCUUCAGAGAUCUGCCUGAACCUCUCCUCACCAGCAAGAUGGGAGAAACCUUUCUUCACAUAUACCAAUAUGUUCCUAAAGAACAGCGCUUACAGGCUGUCCGGGCCGCCAUCAUGCUGAUGGCUGAUGAAAACCGUGAGGUCCUGCAGACGCUGCUGUGCUUCCUAAAGGAUGUCACUUCUUCUGUUGAGGAAAACCAGAUGACCCCGAUGAACCUGGCGGUGUGCCUCGCUCCGUCUCUCUUCCACCUCAACAUCAUGAAGAAUGAUAACCUGUCACCAAGGUCUAUUCAGAGGAAGUAUGCCACGGGGCGGCCUGACCAAAAGGACCUGAAUGAGAACCUUGCAGCCACUCAGGGGCUUUCCCACAUGAUUGCUGAAUGCAACCACCUGUUUGAAAUCCCACAGGAGAUGGUGUCUCAGUCCAGGAACUCAUACAUGGAAGCUGAGCUGCUGGCGCCCUCUAUAGACGAGCUCUGUAAAAGACAACCGCAACAAGAUGAGGAGGAGGAGGAAGAGGUGGAGAGCUCCUAUCACUCUUACCUGGAGAAGCAGGUACAGAAUCUGAUAAAAGACAGCAAGGAUAGAAACAAGGGAUGGGUGACUAGAGCAAACGUCGACAAUACAGAGGUCUCAUUCAAAAAGGUGGGAGAUGGGACCCCAUUGAGACAGUGGCGUGUGUCUGCAGAGGUGGAGGCUCCUCCAUCUGUGUUGCUGAACCGCAUUCUGCGGGAGCGCCAUCUAUGGGACGGUAACCUGCUCCAGUGGAAGGUUCUGGAAACUCUGGACAAACAAACUGAGGUGUAUCAGUAUGUGCUCAAUAGCAUGGCCCCUCACCCCAGCAAAGACUUUGUGGUGCUCAGGACGUGGAGGACAGAUUUGCCAAAAGGCGUGUGUGUGCUGGUGUCAGUAUCGAUCGAUCGUGAGGAUGGAGCGCAGCUGGGGGGAGGGAGAGGGGUGGUUCUGGAAUCGCAGUAUCUGCUGGAACCGUGUGGUUCUGGCAAGUCCAGGCUCACACAUAAAUGCAGAGUUGAUCUGAAAGGCAAGUCUCCAGAGUGGUACAACAAAGCUUUCGGCCAUAUCUGUGCUACUGAGGCCGUCCACAUCCGCAACUCCUUUCAGACUGUGGAUCCCGAGGGCCCAGAGACCAAAAUCUGAGAGGCUAUGUGAAAUCAUGGUUGAACUGGGAUGUUGUUCUGCAUCAGGCCAAAUGGUCACAGAACAUGAACUGGGCCAGCAUAAGUAAGAAGAAAGGAGAUUCUAGAGAGAUUAAGAAAGUUGAAGGUUUUAGUGUGUCUGCUCCCAAACAACAACAAACUGCCAUGUCUCUAUGGUGUAAAACGUCUUUAGUGUUUUUUGGAUUUGUUUUAAACCCUCAUAAUGUAUUUAAUAUGGACUGUUUAAUGUAAAUUUGUGCCGCUGUUCAAAGCUGCCACUUUUGACACGUUGGCAUUUGCUGUUUUGGGAAGUUUGAUGAGGAGAAAAGAGGGACAGAGAAGGUGACAGACAGUCUCCACUGUAGCCAUGAAUCCAUGCCUGUGCCGUAGCGCCGCUUCCUGUUGUCCAGACUGUUGGACAGGUCUGCUUUGAGUUUGACCUCAGCAGGCAGCUUUAACUAGAGCAAAGCUUACAGCAGUUACAUACAGAUGUGAAUAACAAACCACCUCAUGCUAUCAAAACACAGCAGGUCUGGUAUAGCGUUAGUGAGCUGAGCAAAACCACUGCGUCCUUAUGACGUUUGACCGUAUUUAGGUACGUUAUUCUCUAUUCUCUUUUGCCAUUUAUUUAUAAAUCUAUAUUUAAGUGUUAUAUCCCCUAGUCCUUUGAAUGAAGCUAAAGUUAAAAUGAUUUUUUUGUCAUUAGAAUUUGUAUUGAUGUGAAGUAUUUACUGACAAUACUCGUGAUCAGCCCUCAUUGUUUCCAAGUUUCGUUUUAAGAAAUGUUCUGUUUAUUCAUAAAACUGUGGUAAUAUUCUUUGAUUAUUUUGUCCCAGGUAAGCAAUAAUGUAUUAUGAUAAAUUCAGUAUUGGGCAUUUCUGACUAGGCAAAAUGAAUAUGUUACGCCUACAAAAAGUAAGGAAAAUUGUAAAUAAUAUAAUGUUUGUUGCAAGCAUGUCAUUUAAAAUUAUUAUUAUUAUACAGUAUGUUGUCACUCUAUGAUGUCUAGGACAUUAAUUCAUUUCACUGCUUCUAAGAAGCGUCACGUGUCAAUUCGCAGAGUUGUACGUUUGUGUGUAAAUGUGUAUAUAAUUCACUGUGUAUAUGUUGUACAUAAAUAAGGCUUAUUAGCAGAUUUGUCUGUUUUUAUGUUUGUUUUUGUUCCUCAUAUCAAUAUAUGUUGGGUGAAUUAUGUUAGAACCGCCAGCUGGUCAGUCGCAGCGAGGAUGAUAUACGUCAUCACGGCUCAAACCGCAGUAAAUCAAGUCUUGGAACAGUAAAUGUGGAAAAUAACACCUCAGUCGAGUUUGCUUUCUUUAUUUGUAUGCAAGGCAUAGUUUAGUUUGGAAAAAAACAAUUACCUGACAGUCGAAACGGCAUUAUUGCCAAAAGUUACGUUUCGAAAGUAAGGUGUGACGUGCUAACAAAAGCCUUUUAAUUAACGCCAAAAGAACACGUACAAUGGGAGACAUUUUUUAAAUGAAUCCGACUCCGAUUCGUUUAAAAGAAUCAGCGACUUCACAACUUGAACGGAAGCUCUACCACCAGAUGGCGCUAUUGAUGCAUCACAUGCGCAUUUGGAUGUGUCUUGAAGAUUUUUGUGCCCAAUUAUUACAGGUACAUUAGAAUAAUAUAACCAAACAAUAAAGGUAGACAGCAAUUUAAAGGUCACAGAACUGUUCAUUUGUUUCUAAACGACACGUCCAAUUACUAGCAGGGAUUGUUUUUUUUCUCUUGGGUCUGCAGAAUCCUUAGGAUUUAUUGAUCCACACACUUUUAAUAAUACAUCUAAACAAAAGCCGGUAUGGACAGCAAAGGACACAUACAGCAGACCAUACAUCAUCAUUAGCUAACAGAAAAAGAUGUGGCAUGUCUUUUUAUCCGUUUAAAUCGUAGGUGUGUAUUAUAAAGAAGGUUAUGUCGUCACAAAAGUGCCCUGUUUUUAUUAGAUUAGGACUUGAUUUAAUGGGGCUUUCUUGUUAAUCCAGGAAACCCCCUUUUCAUUUUGUGUCAGAUGAAUAAAUCCUUAAUUUUAUCCCAAAUGUCUGUAUAAACCUAGUGGUAAAAGAAACCUGUAAGAGAACAACAUCACUUUCCGUAAGUCUGACAAAUCCAAGCACAGCAAUAAGGUUAUUAAUAAAUAAAAGAUACAUGUAUUAUUCAUAUUUGUGGGGGGGUGAGACAGACACUCUUCAUGGAUUGCUCGGUGGCUAAUGUUUAGUCUAGCCUUUACAAAGCAGACCAUUUUAUUUCAUAAACAGACCUACCAGCUUCAAGCAAACACACAGAACAUAUUGACUAAACGUAAUGUGAUAAAAAAGUAAAAAAAUAGACAUUUACAAACUAACAUGGCUAAUAUUUGUCUACCCUGCUAAACAGGCUUUUAGAAAAUCAACAAGAAAAUAACUUUUUAGUGGAAAAAAAAACUGCCACCAUAUAAAGACUACAAAACCUGACUUUCUCCGCUCCUGUUUAUUUUCACUCUUUCAUGUAUUUAGACUUGACAAAGUGUCUGUGUGAUGGCUGGAUACAUACAUAAUGUGUACUGUACUGUACAUCUGGAGGAAGAAAGAGAGUCAAAGACAGAUGUAAAUACACGGACCCAAAACGAGACGGUGACAGACGCUGCAAAAGAGAGACAUACAGUUGCCGUGGCUACCGUUUUGUUCAUGUCACUGAUUUUCUCAUGUCUUCUGGCCCUGCAAGCACUCUCCUUUAUUUUCUAUUGUUUCCAUUUUUCAUUCCACACAAUACACAGUGUUAUCUGUAUUCUGUCUAGAUGACAGGAUUGCAGGGGUGCACAACGUCUGCUUUUUUCUCUCACCAGCUGGAUUAAACUCACUGAACUCCAAUGUUUCUUUAUCAUUCUAUUGUUAUAUUCUCAACACGCACCGCACGAACUGUCUGUUCUGUUGUUGUUGUUGUUAAGAAUGAAUGAUUCACGAUUUUAGGUUAUUUGCUUUUGUUUCGAGGUACGCGGUUUGUUUGUAAUAUCAAGGAUAGUCCAAAAACGCACAAUUGAAAAUUUAAGAUACAAUGAAUGGUGGUAUAGCCUAUUGCUCCUUAUAAUGAGAGCAACUGUGUGCCAAGCGAAAAAAUGAAUCUAAUCUGUUUUUCUAACCAGGCAUGUUAACGCAAUAGGUUUCUAUUUCUGCUGGGAAGCCCAGCGCCAAGUAAAUUCUUACUGAGCCAACAUCCAGCUGUA